CCCUGCCGCUUUUCCUCUUUGGGCGCUGCGAUCCCUGUUCGUUUUUUAUUUCUUCUCUUCAACGCUUUUUGGAUCUGCAUCUUUUCCCACGUGGGUUUAUUUUGGAAUCAAAAUUAGGUCUUUUUGACAGAGUCAAUACUCAAUAUAAUAGCAAAAAUGUCUUUCCUCACCAAAACUCCUCGACUCCUCCGAAAACCGGCCUUUGGAAUAGCUUCACUUCGCAGCGCCUUUCCUCAACAACAGCAACAGCAACGCUCCGUGAAAAUCGCCGCUGCAGUCCACGAUGAUAUCUCUUCUACAUCUACAUCUUCAUCCUCCUCAUCUCCAUCUCCAUCUUCAACGCCAGGGAAAGAACCCUUCCUAACUCCCACCCCCGCCCAACAACAACACAAAAUCGACACCGUCAUCUCCAACCUCCCCAUCGUCCAAUCCCUCCGCCAUGAUCAUACUUUCAAAGAGUCGCGUCCACACCUCACCAUGCCCCCCGCUCUUCGCGGGACUCACUUUGUCGGAGGCGCCAUCACCGGGUCCGGGAAGGUCACUGUAGCUCCGUACAUGUUUACCUCGAAGAAGUCGUCUACCACCAACGCCAACACCCGGGUGGUGUCGCUUUUCCACAUUGGGUCGGAGCUUUGUGGACAUCCGGGGUUUGUGCAUGGCGGCCUGCUCUCGGUUAUGUUUGAUGAGGCUUUUGCGAGGUGUGUGUCUGCUUCGUUCCCGAGUGGGUUGGGCAUGACGGCGAAUUUGAAUGUGGAUUUUCGGAAGCCUGCCACCCCGGAUCGGGUGUAUGUGCUUCGCGCUGAGACGGUCAAGGUCGAAGGACGGAAGGCUUGGGUUGAGGGGAAGAUGACUUGUUUGUCGGCUGUGGGGAGGGAGGACAGUGAGGCUGUCAUGGUGGCUGAGGCUAGGGCUUUGUUUAUUGAGCCUAAGUUUGCAGAGUCCAUGGUUCCUCUUUACAGAAACUGAUCUGGCGUGAUGACUUGUUGAUUUUUGAAUACCCAUGUUUGUAUAGACUAUAGACCAUAAGAGAUAGAAAUAGAAAUAGCAAUAGAGAUAGAGAUAGAGAUAGAUAGACC